AUGGAGAAUCCUGCGCAUGCGCGCAACGAGGCUAGCGGUAACGGAUCCCACUCGGACAGCGAGUACGAUUACGAGGAUCGCGAAGAGUGCGAACUGCAGCAAAUAGGUGGUGGUGCGACCGCUGCCCCUCAUAUUCCUCAUCAUCAUAAUCAUGCUUCUCAUACUCGCACCCCCAAUCCCCCGCCGCCCGGACCCACCCCGUACGCGGUUUCCCUGGUGAGCGACAUACCUUCCGCGUUCGAGCUCUUCUUUACGCGCGCGAUCCGUGCGCUCGUCUUGGAGAUGACGAACCUGCACGCCGAGCGCACGGGCUACGGUCUGCGCUACCCGUGGUGGAAAGCGGGCAUGGGCGAAGCGGAGCUGCGCGCUUACGCGGGCCUCCUGAUCCUCACGGGCGUGUACAGGUCCCGGGGAGAGGCCGCGGCGAGCCUGUGGGACGCGGAGAGCGGACGCUCGAUAUUCCGAGCGACCAUGCCUCUGAAAGCGUUUUACGCGUACUCUACGCUGCUGCGCUUCGACGACCGCGAGACGAGGGCGCAGAGGAGAUCCUCGGAUAAGCUCGCAGCGGUGAGAGAACUCUGGGACAGGUGGGCCGACAUGCUGCCCUACAUGUACAACCCCGGACCCGAUGUCACCGUGGACGAACAGCUGGUCCCCUUCAGAGGUCGCUGCCCCUUCAGACAAUACAUGCCCAGCAAACCGGCCAAAUACGGGAUCAAGUCUUGGGUCCUGUGCGAUGCCAAAUCCAGCUACGCGUGGAAGAUGCAGGUCUACCUGGGGAAAAAUAAUAAACCCGCGACCCCCGCGCGUCCCAAAAAAAACCAAGGCGCGCGCGUGGUACUGGAUCUAACGGUCGACCUCCUCGGCCCGCGCAACGUGACCUGCGACAACUUCUUCACGUCCUACGAGCUCGGCCAGCGGCUCCUAGACGCGAACCUGACCAUGCUCGGAACCGUUAGGAAGAACAGACCCGAACUCCCUCCCGCGCUCAUCUCCGCUAAAGGUAGAGCCGCCUUCUCCUCCGAGUUCGCGUUCGCUACCGGACCGGGGCCGGGAGGACACAGAACCACCACGCUGGUCUCGUACGUACCGAAGAAAAACAAGAACGUGCUGGUGAUGACUACGCUACCGUGGCACUCUCGAACCGGAGGACCAUCAUCCUCAGCGUCAGCUUCAUCAUUCACCGCGAGCGGACUCAGCGAGCGCCCCGAGCUGGUGCUCAAGUACAACGCGACCAAGGGAGGAGUCGACAACCUGGACAAGCUGGUGGCCACCUACAGUUGCAGGAGGAUGACCUCCCGCUGGCCCGUGGCCGUGUUCCACAACAUACUCGACGUGUCCGCGUACAACGCUUACGUGAUAUGGCGAGAAACGAACCCGGGCUGGCUGUCCGGGCAUCGCAACAAGCGCAGGUUCUUCCUCGAGCAGCUGGGUAAAGCGCUCGUGGCCCCUCUUAUAGAGAAAAGACGCGGGCUGCCCCGCUCCGAGGCCUCGCUCGCGCUGGUCCGAUGCGUGAGAACCGCUGCGAGCGCGAACACGAACGCGACCGGGGCUCGGUGCGAGUCUCGUCCACAUUCUCGUCCUCAUCCUCAUCCUCAACCACCUUCGCGAGAGGAACCUUCUGAAACUGGGUCACGUGACAGAACCGAACCGCUCCAGCAGCAGCUGCAGAAACUCCAAGCCAGCAAGAGGAAGCGGUGUCAGAUAUGCCCCGCUAAAAAAGACAGCAAAACCUUCACCACGUGCCGAGGCUGCAGCAAGUACGUGUGCAGGAGCUGCGCGCUUCCGUACUGCCCUUCGUGCGUGUGA